AUGAGUAACAAGGAAUUGGGAAUUGUUGUCAAUUUGAAUUCAAGUUACACUGAUUUCCAAUUCAAUCCCUACACAAUCACUUGUUUUCUAGCUUUUGCUCCGUUUGUUUAUAUCAUUCCAACAUUUAUUAUCGUAUUUCGAAUCAUUCGAAAAUUUUUGCGAAAUGUAUUCAGAAAGAAAGAUCCAAGUUUCAAUCGGCAUGUCUUCAUAGUUCUGGUACUCUCUCAGUUCUCAAACAUUGGUUUUUUUCUCGCUGACUUAUUUGUCAUGCGCGUCCCGUCGACUGGCAUGAUGACAUCCUGGUGUUAUCGUCAAGAACCCAACGAAUUUCUGAAAAUUCUUUUCAUAUCACAAUCUUAUUUUAAUUACUGCGCUAUGCUCUAUCCGGUUUUGUUUUCUAUUAUUCGUCUAGUUAUUACUUAUUUACCAAAUCGACACAAUGACAUAAAUACAAAAAUAUUAAAGUACAGUAUACCUCUAAUUCAUAUUUGGCCUCUACUUUUUAAUUUAUAUCUGAUCCCAGCACUAGGAGUUUGCAGGCAACAUUUCGCUCCGUAUAAAUUGGGAGCUGUUUAUGUGCACAUUAUAAACUCAUGGAGAGGAAUGAUGGGCGCUCCAUUUACAGUUUUAAACUCUGCGGUUUGGCUGACGGUCUGUUUGAUUCUGAAUUGGAUUUUAUAUCGAAAGCUGAGAGAAUUGAAAUCGUUGUCUCAAAGUUCUUCACAAACAAGUCAAAUUAACAAAAAUCGGACAAUUGAAAUAUCUUUAUCAAUUACGACUUUUGCAAUGUUAUCUGCAUACAUAGCACACCUUAUCUUUCUAGGAGCAUUCUUGAUUGAUUAUGACGUCGCUACGUAUCUGGUUGUUAUUCGUCCGUUUGGUUUUGAUCUGGAAUUAUGUGCAGCUCCCUGGGUAUUCUACUUGACUCAUCCGGCAUUUCGAAAACGGAAAGAUAGCAAAAUUGUGGUCGCUGCAAAUAAGAAAACCAUAAAAAGCGUUGAUUACUGA